CUCCAGGAAGGAGAUCCUGAGAAACUGCACCCUGCCAACUCAGCCGCAGGAAUCGGAACUGUCUUGGCUGAGCUCGCGAUGAGGACGCGACUGGCCAGACGCUGGUCCUGGAUUGGUAGAGUGUGCCUCUUCCUCGGGCUCCUGACAGCUGCCGCUUUUGUACUGGAGCUGUCCAUCUCCACUUUUCAGGCUGCUUCCUCUGGGAGCGGUGUCACCAGCAGGAGAUGGGAGAGGCGCUUCUCUGACAGGGCUGAGAACCCUGAGGAACUAGCCCGGCCCGUGUACGAGAAAUCUCCCCCAGAUUCCUACAGUCUAGGAGAGUGGGGGAAGCCCGCCCAUUUGCAACUGAACCCUGAGGAGAAAAAGUUAGAAGAGGAGCUUAUAGAAAAGUACGCCAUCAACAUCUACCUGAGCGACAAAAUCUCUCUGCAUCGCCACAUCCAAGACAGUCGGAUGUCGGAGUGCAAGUCCAAGGCCUACGACUAUCGGAAGCUGCCCACCACCUCGGUUGUCAUCGCGUUCUAUAACGAGGCCUGGUCGACGCUGCUGCGCACGAUUCACAGUGUUUUGGAGACGUCGCCUGCGAUUCUGCUGAAGGAAAUAAUACUGGUGGAUGACUUGAGCGACAAGGUGUAUCUAAAGGCGGAACUGGAGCGGUACAUCAGCAAUCUGAAAAGGGUGCGUUUGAUAAGAACGAACAAGCGUGAAGGGCUGGUUCGGGCCCGCUUAGUUGGCGCUACUUAUGCCACCGGGGACGUCCUCACCUUUCUUGACUGCCAUUGUGAAUGUGUUCCUGGGUGGCUGGAGCCCCUUCUGCAAAGGAUUUCUGAGAACGAGAGCGUGGUUGUUUGCCCAGUUAUUGAUACAAUUGAUUGGAAUACGUUUGAGUUCUACAUGCAGUCGGGAGAGCCGAUGAUUGGGGGAUUUGAUUGGCGGUUGACGUUUCAGUGGCACUCUGUGCCAGAGUAUGAACGGCAAAGGCGGAAAUCCAGAAUUGAUCCAAUAAGAUCCCCAACAAUGGCCGGGGGGUUGUUUGCAGUGAGCAAAAAAUAUUUUGAGUACCUUGGAACGUAUGAUAUGGGGAUGGAUGUCUGGGGAGGGGAGAAUCUGGAACUGUCCUUUCGGGUGUGGCAGUGUGGAGGCAUCUUGGAGAUCCAUCCUUGUUCCCACGUGGGCCACGUGUUUCCUAAGCGGGCGCCGUAUGCCAGGCCAAAUUUCCUUCAGAACACUGCCCGGGCCGCUGAAGUGUGGAUGGAUAACUAUAAAGAACAUUUCUACAACAGAAAUCCUCCAGCACGGAAAGAAAAUUAUGGAGAUCUUUCUGAAAGGAAGCUCCUAAGGGAGCGUUUGCAGUGCAAAAACUUCGACUGGUAUUUGAAAACUAUAUUUCCAAAUUUGCACGUGCCGGAGGAUCGGCCCGGCUGGCAUGGCGCUGUCCGCAGUAUGGGUAUCUCCUCAGAAUGUCUAGACUACAACUCACCUGAACACAAUCCUACCGGGGCCCAUCUUUCUCUCUUUGGAUGUCACGGCCAAGGAGGAAAUCAGUUCUUUGAGUACACCUCCAAUAAAGAAAUCAGGUUUAACUCUGUGACUGAACUCUGCGCUGAAGUUCUAGAGUCAAAGGACUUUGUGGGCAUGAGAAACUGCCCCAAAGAUGGAUCUGCGAUCCCAGAAAGCAUAAUAUGGCAGUUUAAAGAUGAUGGAACUAUUUAUCAUCCUUACUCAGGCAACUGCCUUAGUGCUUACCGUACUCCUGAGGGAAGGCCUGGUGUACAAAUGAGGACCUGUAAUUCUGCAGAUAAAAAUCACCUGUGGAGGUUUGAGAAAUAGAAAGGGCUGUGAUCGGGGAACUGUGCCUUCUGAGGAGUAUGUGUCACCACAGACAUAACUUCUUGCCAGGUCUAAAAUGACUUUAUCAAUUGUCAACAUGAGAACUUCGGGGAACUGUUUAUUUUUUUUAGAAGAAAUUUUGGGGACAUGCCAGUUAAGUGCCUUUUAUUCUAAACUAUGGUGUUCACUUUAAAAAUACCUUUUGCCUUUCAGUAGAUUUGGGAGCCUCGGCAUCUUGGCUGAAAUUUCUUAAGAUUAAGUGCAAAGAAGUCACUCCAAGGGGAACAAUUUGCACACUGUUGUGGGGGGCGUUACAGAGCCUUGCCGUAAAUCUUUAAUAUUUUUAAAGCAAUAUUCAUAAUAUAUGCCUUUGUCACGUUUUGUUCCAGUGCUGAGGCUGUGGACUCUGGGGAAAGGAAAUUUUUUAAAGGUUUAAAAUUAGGGUUAAUUGUUCUUAACUCACUACUUAUGGUGACACUGCAAUUAAUUCAUCAUAGGUUUCUUUGAUCUGUAAUUAAGGUGCCCAAUGGGAAGAGCAAUUGUAUGUUAACCUGGGUGAGAGGGCUGAGUAAACCAGUUGUGGCUCACAGCUGAGGCCUAGUAAUUACAAGCAGUGACAUUGAAAAGAGAAUGAAAAAAUCUGCUGCUUGUACCAAAAGCAUCUGAGCUGAGACUAAUUCAGCCACUCUUUUUUCACGUUGGCAGUUGUUCAUGAUUCUCUGUAUGAUCACUCUUGCAGCAUUGUUUACAUAAUUUCCUGCGAAAACUGACUUAAAACCUGUAUUGGGGGGAGCAGAAAAGUAUUUUGGGAGCAAUCUUCAACAUGUGCCUUAUUUGGAAUAGAAUUCUGAUUUCUUUUUUUCCUGAAACAACUUGAAAACUGUAAUUCAGCCUUAGCAAAGGUGAUGCUGUACUUCCUCCAAUGUCACGCACAUGAUAAACGUUGGUUUCUUUUACACGGCAA